GCGCCCCCGCCUCGCCAGGCGCAGGUGGCGGCGGCGGCGGCGGCGUCUCAGUGAGCGAGAGAGCGAGCGCCGCCGCCCGCCCCAGCCGGGCUCUCAGGCGCGCGCUCCUGCCGGAGAGGGGAGGAGAAGGGAGCGCAGCGGCAGCUGUGACUGUAUCGUCUCCAGCCACAGCCGGCGGCGGAUGUGCCAAGCAGCAGCCGCUGCACCGGAGCGCCGCUGCUGAGCCUGGCAGAGCCGCGGAGGAGGGGGGAGGACACCACAGACUGAUCCAGAGACUUUGCCUCUCUAGAACAGGCGGUGGAUGUGGAGCCAGCCGCUCCCCUCGCAGCCGCCGCCACCAGGCAGUUGUCCCACGGCAGCACCACAACACAAAGCGAAGGAUGCUGCAGCUGGGCAAGGUCAGGACCUUGCAUUGAAGCCCGGGGGCGCCGCACACACCUUCCCCCCCUUCCCCACCGGAUUGAGGAUUUGCCUUUUAUUUGCUGUGUAUGCCUGGGAAAAAGCAGGCAGGGUCGACGCCGUUCGGAGCUAUGCCUGUGCCAGACCAGCCGUCAUCUUCUGACAAGACAAGUUCCCUUAGCCCUGUGCUGAAUACAUCCAAUGGGGACGGUUCUGAAACAGAGACAACCUCUGCUAUUCUAGCUUCAGUUAAGGAACAGGAGCUGCAGUUUGAGAGACUGACUCGAGAACUUGAGGCUGAACGCCAGAUUGUAGCCAGCCAACUGGAGAGAUGUAAGCUUGGAUCAGAGACUGGAAGCAUGAGCAGCAUUAGUUCAACAGAAGAGCAGUUUCAUUGGCAAACGCAAGAUGGUCAGAAGGAUAUAGAGGAUGAGCUCACAACUGGUCUUGAGCUGGUGGACUCCUGUAUUAGAUCACUGCAGGAGUCAGGAAUACUUGAUCCACAGGACUACUCAACUAGUGAAAGGCCCAGCCUUCUAUCCCAGAGUGCACUUCAGCUCAAUUCCAAAUCUGAAGGGUCUUUCCAGUAUUCAGCGAGCUACCAUAGCAACCAGACCCUUGCCCUGGGUGAAACAGCAACAUCACAGUUCCCAGCCCGCAGCAGUCAAGCCAGAGCUGCCAUUCAGAGCUACAGCCAGGGCACAACAAGUCGAGUAGCCCAUUUAGCUGGCUCCGAACCUUCUCAGUCAAGAGAGUCCUUUGUGCCAAGCCAUGGGAGCGCGUUCCAUUUGCCUGAUUCCCAGCAUUCUUCAACACUUUAUUACUCCAGCUCCACUCUGCCAGCCCAGAGAGUGAGCUCCCCGCUGUCCAUGCAGCAGGUGGGCUCUCCAACCAAGCUCCAGCGGGUGGGUUCAGCAUCGGAGAGCGCUGGAUACAGCACCACGCAGCGGGUCUCUUCUCCCAAGCAGUCUCCAAGCCGGCUAGCCAAGUCUUACAGCACCAGCUCACCAAUCAAUAUUGUUGUGUCUUCAGCAGGACUUUCUCCUUCCCCAAUUCGUGUGACGUCUCCACCCACCAUCCAGUCUAAUAUUUCCUCCUCUCCUAUACAUCAGCUAAGCUCCACCAUUGGCACGUAUGCUACUCUGUCUCCUACCAAACGUCUGGUCCACACAUCAGAUCAGUACAGCAAGCAUUCCCAGGAACUGUAUGCCACUGCUACCCUGCAGAGACCUGGCACCCUAGCAGCUGGGUCUCGGGCAUCUUACAGCAGCCAGCACAGCCACCUUGGCUCCGAAUUAAGGGCGCUGCAGUCUCCAGAGCACCAUAUAGAUCCCAUUUACGAAGAUAGAGUGUAUCAGAAGCCCCCUAUGAGGAGUCUCAGCCAGAGUCAGGGGGACCCUCUGCAACCAGCACAUACAGGCACUUAUCGCACUAGCACGGCCCCAUCUUCCCCUGGUGUCGACUCCGUACCCUUACAGCGCACAGGCAGUCAGCACGGCACACAGAACGCAACAUCGACCUUCCAGAGGGCCAGCUAUGCUGCAGGCCCAGCCUCCAAUUACGCAGACCCCUACCGACAGCUGCAGUAUUGUCCUUCUGUUGAAUCACCAUACAGCAAAUCUGGGCCAGCCAUCCCACCAGAAGGGACCUUGGCUAGGUCACCUUCCAUUGAUAGCAUUCAGAAAGAUCCCAGAGAGUUUGGAUGGAGAGAUCCAGAACUUCCUGAAGUUAUACAGAUGCUGCAGCAUCAGUUCCCUUCAGUACAGUCCAAUGCUGCAGCCUACUUGCAGCAUCUCUGUUUUGGAGACAAUAAAAUAAAAGCAGAGAUAAGAAGACAAGGAGGAAUACAGUUACUGGUGGACCUGUUGGAUCAUCGAAUGACAGAAGUCCACCGUAGUGCCUGUGGAGCUUUGAGAAACUUGGUGUAUGGGAAAGCAAAUGAUGACAACAAAAUUGCUCUGAAAAACUGUGGUGGUAUCCCAGCAUUAGUACGGUUGCUCCGCAAGACUACAGAUUUGGAAAUCAGAGAACUGGUCACAGGAGUUCUCUGGAAUCUAUCCUCGUGUGAUGCACUGAAAAUGCCAAUCAUCCAGGAUGCCCUUGCAGUGUUGACUAAUGCAGUGAUCAUCCCUCACUCCGGAUGGGACAACUCGCCCCUCCAGGAUGAUCACAAAAUACAGCUCCAUUCAUCACAGGUGCUGCGCAAUGCCACUGGGUGCCUAAGGAAUGUCAGCUCUGCUGGAGAGGAGGCCCGCAGAAGAAUGAGGGAGUGUGAUGGACUUACUGAUGCAUUGCUGUAUGUGAUUCAGUCUGCUCUUGGGAGCAGUGAAAUUGAUAGCAAGACCGUUGAAAACUGUGUAUGCAUUUUGAGGAACCUCUCAUACAGACUCGCUGCAGAAACAUCUCAGGGACAGCAGAUGGGAACAGACGAACUCGAUGGGUUACUGUGUGGUGAUGCUAAUGGCAAAGAUGCAGAGAGUUCAGGUUGUUGGGGCAAGAAGAAGAAGAAAAAGAAAUCCCAAGAUCAGUGGGAUGGAGUAGGACCUCUCCCAGACUGUGCAGAACCACCAAAAGGAAUCCAGAUGCUGUGGCACCCUUCAAUAGUCAAACCCUACCUCACGCUUCUCUCUGAGUGCUCAAAUCCAGACACACUGGAAGGAGCAGCAGGUGCACUGCAGAACUUGGCUGCAGGAAGCUGGAAGUGGUCAGUGUAUAUCCGUGCUGCCGUCCGCAAAGAAAAAGGCCUGCCGAUCCUGGUGGAGCUACUUCGAAUAGACAAUGACCGGGUGGUAUGUGCAGUUGCUACAGCUUUACGAAACAUGGCCUUAGAUGUCAGAAAUAAGGAGCUAAUAGGCAAGUAUGCCAUGCGGGAUCUGGUCCACCGACUUCCAGGAGGUAACAACAGCAACAGCUCAGCAAGCAAGGCCAUGUCGGAUGACACCGUUACUGCCAUUUGCUGCACUCUGCAUGAAGUUAUCACUAAAAACAUGGAGAAUGCCAAGGCCUUACGGGAUGCAGGAGGCAUUGAGAAGCUGGUUGGCAUUUCCAAGAGUAAAGGAGACAAGCACUCACCAAAAGUGGUGAAAGCAGCAUCUCAGGUCCUAAAUAGCAUGUGGCAGUACAGAGACCUGAGAAGUCUCUACAAGAAGAACCAGUACAGCAUGGUCAGCGGUGGUGCAAGCUGCCUCUCCUCAGCCUUUCCUAUCAGUGCAUCUCAAUCCUAUCCUGGAGAGACAACCAUAGGGCGGGCGGCCCCAGGCUUCAGAGUGGCUGAGGACAGAGGAUUUUCACCUUCCCAUCAUUCUGGGUCAUGGCACGCUCAGCGUACUCUCUCGCAGAGCCAAGAAACCAGAAUCUAUUCCCAAACCCAGGAUGGAUGGUCACAGUAUCACUUUGUAGCCUCAUCUUCAACAAUAGAGCGGGAUCGGCAAAGACCAUACUCUUCAUCACGCACGCCCUCCAUCUCACCAGUGCGCAUGUCUCCUAAUAAUCGCUCAGCAAGUGCCCCAGCCUCACCUCGGGAAAUGAUCAGCCUAAAAGAAAGGAAAACAGACUAUGAAUCAACUGGAACAAAUGCCGCUUACCAUGGUAAUAAAGGAGAACACACUUCGAGGAAAGACACCAUGACAGCUCAAAAUGCUGGAAUCUCAACUUUGUACAGGAAUUCUUAUGGUGCACCUGCUGAAGAUAUCAAACACAACCAGGUUUCAACACAGCCAGUUCCACAGGAGCCCAGUAGAAAAGAUUAUGAACCAUACCAGCCGUUUCAGAAUUCGACAAGAAACUAUGAUGAGUCCUUCUUUGAGGAUCAAGUGCAUCAUCGCCCACCUGCAAGCGAAUACAACAUGCAUCUGGGACUAAAAUCAACUGGCAACUACGUCGACUUCUAUUCAGCUGCUCGUCCCUAUAGUGAACUUAACUAUGAAACAAGUCACUAUCCAGCUUCUCCAGAUUCCUGGGUUUGAGGCUUGGGCAAGACAGAAAAGCUCCAGGAACUGUGCAUGUGCAUGCAUACCACAAGACAUUCUUUUCCUGCAAAUUUAGUUUGUUAAAGCCUGUUCCAUAGGAAGGCCCUGAUAAUCAGUAUGGAAAAUUAAAGAUAUUUUAGAAGGCUAAAAGAAAUGAAAGUUAAACAUGGAAGUCAUUAGAAAGAGAGAGAGAUAUAUAUAUACAUAUAUAUAUAUAUAUUACAGUGUGGGACAACUUUACUGUUGGCCUAUAGAGUCUAAAACAAUGGUGCUGUACACUGAAUGUGGCUGAAGGAAGGAGAGUGAAUAUGACAGUGGAUGUGGGUCAAGAGUUAAGCACAAGACACUAAGCAGUUUACAUACUUUAUGGGGAACAGCUUCUCACACUUUGUUUAAUAUCCUUAUUCAUUGUGAAUCUAGGCUUCAAGUUGCAUUUGGGGUUUCCUCUGUACAGCAAGAUGUUUCUUGCCUUUUGUUAAUGCAUUGUUGUAAAGUAUUUGAUGUACAUUACAGAUAAAAAAAAAAACCAAGUGCAUUGUGUAUAUUACACCAAUGCCACAGUGUUUCUUCAUCUAUGGUUCUAAAUAUUGCUUCAAUUUCAAAAUUUUGAAAGAUGUAUGAAUUUCCAGUUUUUUUUGUUUUCUUUUCCCCAGUGCGUUUUAACAACAACAACAAAAAGGAAUAUUUAGCAGUAUUGUUCGUUCUGAUAUGUGAAUUUGUUUGUGGCAACUAAAAAAAAAAGGCAUUCAGCAGUUUCUGACAAUUAACAUUCAUCAUUCCACACUCCUUGUCAACAAAAUGCUUUUUCACUGCCUAAAAUUUUAGAUGUAGAUAUUUGAAAUAGAUUUUUCAUUUAUACCAGUUUUCUUUAUGAUGAUACAGUGUUAAAAGAAAAUAAAUUACAAUUGAUCUGUCA